UGGUUGACUGCUCUGGUCUCUCCCGAACCUCCUCUCCCAAUGGCUGGGGACGCGCGCCUUGUGUUCGUCCUGAUCGGCUUCGCGGCCUGCUCCCUCGUCGCGACGUCGCGGGCGCAGCCGGCGGAGGUGAAGGUGGGGCUCAUCAUCGACGCCGACUCGCCAGUGGGCAAGAUCGCAACAACCACCAUCCCCAUGGCCCUCGAGGAUUUCUACGCCGCCUUCCCCAACUCCACCGCUCGGGUUAAGAUCCUGCAGUACAAUUCCAGUGCAGACGUCGUCAUCGCCGCGUCCGCCGCGUUGCAGCUGAUGACGACGCAGGGAGCCCGUGCUAUCCUCGGCCCGCAGUCGUCGGUCGAGUCGGCGUUCGUCGCCGACCUCGCCACCCACGCCGAGGUCCCCGUGGUGUCCUUCUCCGCCACGAGCCCCUCCGUGUCUCCCACCGCGGCGCGCUUCUUCUCCCGCGCCGCGCACAGCGACGCUGACCAGGCCGGCGCCAUCGCGGCGCUCGCCACGCUCUUCGGCUGGCGCCGCGUGGUGCCCAUCUACCAGGACGACGACUACGGCGUGGCGUUCCUCCCCUUCUUGGUGGACGCCCUCGCGUCCGCGCGCGCCGAGGUCCCCUACCGCUGCGCGCUCUCGGCGGCCGCGUCCCCGGACGCCGUGGCUGCCGAGCUGUACCGCCUGGAGUCCGAGCAGACCCGCGUGUUCGUGCUUCACACGCGCCACCAGCUCGCGCGCCGUGUGUUCGCCGCCGCCCUCAAGGCCGGCAUGAUAGGGGAAGGCUACGUGUGGGUCAUCACCGACGGGCUCACGGGCCUCCUCGGCUCAGUCCAGCCGCCUCAGGGUGUCAUCGGGCUUGCGCCGUACGUGCCUACCACGCCACGGCUGCGGGACGUCAAGAAGCGGUGGGCACACCGGUACAUGCGCGACCACCCGGAUGGCGAGCUCUCGCACGCCAUUAUAGGCUGCUACGCCGUCUGGGCCUACGACGCCGCGUGGGCCGUGGCCUCGGCGGCAGAGCGACUCAGCGCCACCGAGUUAUCGUCGCCACCCGGGCUGGUAGGAGGCACGGACGGCGACAAUGACAUCUCGGGGCUCGGCAAGUCUAGAUCAGGCAAAAGCUUCCUCCGAGCUCUCAGCGACACCAAAUUCGAGGGUCUCGGCGGCAUGUUCGAGCUCGUCGACGGCGAGCUUGUAGUACCGGCCUACCGCGUGUUAAACAUCGUAGAAGGCGGAAGGGAGAGAGGCAUCGGGUUCUGGUCACCACGGUUCGGGCUUAGCCGGCACAUCAGCCGCCGUUCCGACAUCCCGGGCGGCGAGCUCGCGCCGGUGAUCUGGCCCGGAGAGUCGGCGGUGCAGCCAAGUGGGUGGGUGCAGCCAACGAGCGCGAGAAAGCUGCGGGUGGCAGUGCCGGGGUAUGUCUCGGCGAGCUACCGUGCGAUCGUGCACCUUGACGUGGACUCCGUCACCAACCAGACGACGGCCGGCGGGUUCGUCAUCGACGUGUUCGAGGCUGCAGUGCGGCUGCUGCCCUACGCGCUGCCGUUCGAGUACGUCAAGGCCAAGUCUCAGCCCUACGACACGCUAGUCCACGCGGUUCAAAAUGGGACGUUCGACGCGGCGGUGGCAGACAUGACCAUCACGGAGAAGCGAGCGAAGCAUGUGGACUUCACGUUGCCUUACAUGGCGACAGACAUCGCCAUGGUUGUGCCGCUGCUCGACCAGCGGAGCAGCAAGUUGACGUGGUUUUUUUUUCUGAAGCCGGUCUGCUACGAUCUCUGGCUUGUCAGCGGGGCCUUAUUCUUCCUUAUUAGCUUUGUUGUCUGGGCUAUCGAGCACAGCCACAACAGGGAUUUCGGCGCCGAAGUGGAGCUCACGCCGUCCAAUCAGGGCAAGCUCACACCCAACCAAGCUGGCACAAAAGGCAAGCUGACGCUGUCCAACCAAGUCGGCACCAGCCUCUACUUCGGCUUCUCCACCCUCGUCUUCGCCCACAGGGAGAACCUCAAGAGCAACCUGUCGAGGAUCGUGGUGGUGGUGUGGGUGUUCGUGGUGCUCAUCCUGCAGUCCAGCUACACGGCGACCCUCACGUCCAUGCUCACGGUGCCGCAGGUGGAGCUGGCCAUUGCCGACUAUAGCGCGCUGCUUCGGGGCACGGAGAAGGUCGGGAUCAUGAACAAUUCCUUCACGGGCCAGGCCCUGAAGCAGUCGGGAUUCCCGCAGGACAGGAUCGUGCGGUACCCGAACGCGCGGAGCUUCCUUGAUGCGCUGCUCAACGGCAGCAUUGGCGCCAUCGUCAACGAGACGCCCUACUUCCAGAUGUUCCUCACUACCUACAGCGAUAACUUCAGCAUGACCGACCAGCGCAACAUGACUGGCGGCUUCGGCUUCGCGUUUCCCAAGGGGUCACCGUACGUGACGGACCUGUCGCAGGCGAUCCUCAAGCUCACCGAGAGCAACGAGAUCGCCAGGAUCCAGCGCAAGUGGUUUGGGGACCCUGGCAAUGGCGAUUCGCCGUUCAGGUCCAGAAGCCUCAGCUUAUACACCUUCCGGGGUCUGUUCCUCAUCACCGGCCUCAUCUCGCUCGCAUGCUUCGUCUUUCAGCUGAUGUUCAACUUCCGGCAGACCAUCGACCAGCUGAUCUUCAAGUUCCGGCAGCACAUCGUCCAGAUGAUCUUCAAAUUCCGGCAGCCCAUCCAAGAGAUCAUGUUGCCCCCUUCUUCCCCUCUUGAGGAGCACAGCGUGAUCGACGUGGCCGGCAGCCCGGACAGCGCACCGCACACGAGCGAGUGGUCAGGGACACUCGAGAUGGCAAUCCCUCCAGCCGAUGAGAUUGAGCCAGCUGCCAGCGAUCAGACAGCGGAGGUAGCUCCUGCUCGUCAACCUGACAGCUCUGAAGAGAAUCACAGAGAGGCCAGUAACUAAUCAAUUCCGUUCUAAGCUAUCUUGUAGUAGAACGACAACUAUUGUUCGUAUACGUUCGUGUCAUCAGGGGAUUGAGAUGACGAUGAACAGAUAAUAAUCUGGAAUGUCUUUUUUUUUCGCGGACACGCGAUCGGCGUGCCGAAUC